GUGGACCACUCACAGACACGCGCGCGCGUCAAGGAACUCGACGGAACAGAGGCCCCCUUGUCUUCGCGUCGAAGACGUUAUGCUCUUUUACAGCCGGCGAUUUUUCGCCGCUCUCAGUAACGUCCUCGUCUCUAUUCGACUGACCCGCCGCGAGUCUCCAAGUCUCCAUCCGUGUUUUCGCGAUCUUGGAUCCCCUGGUUCCCGAGAAAACCGGAGUACCGGAGUAUAGUUCCCGCGACGCUGAUUCCAUCCGGUUUCCUUCGUGGUUGCGACGAUGAUUGCAAAAACGAGGUCCUUGAAACGGUAGAAUCUUGAAUUAGACGCGUACAAGCUUCUUCCUCUUCUUCUCUCCUCUCUGCCGAAGAACGGGAAGAAGAUGUGUUCUCCAAUCGCCGCCGAUCUGUAAAUAGACGCAAUAAUAUAAAGCAAGAACUUUAACGCUCGUCUUUAAAUGCGAGAUAUCGCUGGAUAUCAUUUGUGAUCGUGAAACAUAACAAUGGGAUUCUCAAGAGUUUUACCGCUGAUAGUUGGAGUGCUUUCUUUGUUUUCAAUUAUCGCCGAGCGCGUCGACGACGUCGACGGAGAAUCGAACGGCGAUCUGGAUAUCGGUAUUAGCGAUAACAAUGUCUCGUCGACCUUCCUGGGCCGGAAUUCCAACCAGACGAACGGGGAUCAGCGUUACUGGUACGAGCAUCUGGACGACGCCGACAGGAUGCUGAAGAGUAAAGCGGAUAUUCUUUCGCGCCUUUUCAAGAUGCACAUAGACCAAUUGCGAAAUAAAACCGAUCAGGUGGAAAUGGUGUUCCUGGUGGACGCGUCUGGCUCGGUCGGCGCGGAGAACUUCCGCAGCGAGCUGAAUUUCGUGACGAAGCUGUUGUCGGACUUUACGGUGGACGCGACGGCCGCGCGGAUCGCCCUGGUCACCUUCGGCGGUCGGGGCAACGUGUACCGCAACGUCGAUCAGAUCUCCAUACACGGGCCCAACGAUCACAAGUGUUACUUGCUGAACAAACAGUUCAGCAAUAUCACCUACAGCGGCGGGGGAACUUACACGCGCGGCGCGCUUCUCGAGGCGCUAGCGAUCCUAGAGAAAGGUCGCGAAACGGCGAGCAAGGUGGUGUUCCUGAUAACCGACGGCUUCAGCAACGGCGGAGACCCGCGACCCGCGGCCGACCUGUUGAAGAACACGGGAGCGACCGUGUUCACCUUCGGUAUACGCACGGGGAACGUGGAGGAGCUGCACGACAUCGCCAGCCAUCCCGGAUACACGCACAGCUACUUCCUCGACAGCUUCGCGGAGUUCGAGGCGUUGGCGCGUCGCGCCCUGCAUCGCGACUUGAAAACUGGGCAAUACGUGGCCCUGACUCUGCCGACCGAUUGCAACGGCCUUUGCUCGGAUAGCACGUUAAACCAAACCUGCUGCGACGACUUGGCGACCUGCACCUGUGGUACCGCAACUGGCCAUUACGCCUGCAUCUGCCCACCCGGCUAUUUCGGUUCCGGUCUCAGAGACUCCUGUCAACCUUGCCCAAACGGGACGUACGCUUCGGGAAAUACCUCCGGGGAUUCCACCGCCGCGUGUAUACCCUGUCCAGAUGCGAAUCACGUCGUAGUCAAGAUACCCGCGACUUCGGUGGUCGACUGCGUGUGCGCCUCCGGAUUCACCACGGACGGUCACAAGUGCGAGGCUAUAACGUGCCCGAAGCUGAGAAUCCCGGAAAACGGAUAUCUGGUGAAGGCGAGCGCCUGCAGCAACGUGGUGCACGCGGCGUGCGGCGUAAGAUGCAGGAUCGGCUUCCACCUCACGGGCGACAGCAUCCGGCUUUGCGGCAAGAACGGCACUUGGUCCGGCAACGAGCCGCAAUGCUUGCUGAAGACAUGUCCGGCUUUACGCGCGCCCACGCACGGCCGCGUGAAAUGCGAGCACGACGAGGACUAUCAGCACCAGUUCGAGGAGAACUCCACCGUGUAUCCGAUCGACACGCGCUGCCAAUUCCGCUGCGACGUCGGCUAUCAGCUUCGCGGCAGCAAAGUGCGCAACUGUCUGCCGUUGUCCCGUUGGGACGGCCUGAAAGUCACGUGCAAAGCUGUGAAAUGCGAGCCUUUACCGCAAAUCGCGAACGGCGACGUCACCCCGGAGAUGUGCACCGGCCCGGCGAAGGUACCCUUCGCUACCAACUGCACAAUCGUCUGCGACGAAGGCUUUGUCCUGGAAGGACCCACCAGCAGAUCGUGCACCGGACGCACGGGGAUCUGGUCCCAGCGUCAUAGCGUCAAUCGUUGCGUGGAUAAGACACCGCCCUCCAUGGAGUGUCCGGCUGAGAUUGUCGAGGAGACCGCGAAAGGACAGAGCUACGCGUACGUGAACUGGACGGUGCCCGUGGUGACCGACAAUGCGGACGAGUCGCCCAUACUGUGGACGAAACCUCACGUUGUCUUGCCCUGGAAGGCGAAGAUCGGCACGCGCGUCGUCGUGUACGUCGCGCAGGACGCGAGCGGCAACAAGGCCAGAUGCAAAUUCAAGAUUAAAGUCCUCGACAGAGAACCACCGACAAUCGAGAAUUGUGUCGAUCCACCGACGUUCUAUACCGAUCUCGACAGCGGCCUCGCGAACGUGACGUGGGACGAGCCGGUUUUCUACGACAAUUCGAGGAUUUCCGUGAACGUCAAUCAGAGUCAUCAACCUGGAAAGGAUCUCUUCCCGAUCGGCCGCACGAAGGUCUUCUAUAACGCGACGGAUAAGUACGGCAAUCGGGCAAGCUGCGUGUUGAACAUUACUGUAGAAGACGUGUGUAAAAGUCUGAGGGCACCGGUGAACGGUCGGCUAAACUGUUCUUCGUCAGGCGAUCGCGAGACGCGGUGCGUCGUAGCUUGCGAGGAUGGCUACGACUUUGCUAUCGAGCCAAAGAACCUCGAUAUCGUUAACGACGAGUUGCUGUUGCGAUGUAACUUGAGCGGUCACACGUGGGAAAAUAAUCACCUGCUGGAAUGUUCAGAAACACAAACGCCAAAGACAGUAUCUCAGGAGGGGAACGUGAUAUUGCAAGGCAAUGAGAGCGAGAUAUGCGACAAUCAAACGGUUCUUCGCGAAUUGAGCGAGCACGUUGCUAAUGACUUGAAAUUGAAACUGCUGGGAAUGUGCGACAAUGACAUCGAGUGUAAUCUAAUCAGCUUCGAUCCUAAGUGCGAAGAUGAUCUUUCGUCGUCGAAGAAUUUCGAGGAUAAUCUGAUAAGAAGACGAAGAUUCCAGCCCGAGUACGAACAAACUCGGUCCACCGAUAUCUCCAGAAAUACCGAAACGUUAAUAUUCGAGAAAUUGAAACGCGCAGCUAGAUUGAGCCCCGACUCGAACAAAAAUAAUACCAGAUCCAACAAGCGAAAAAGAGAUAGGAUAGAGAUCAAGUUCAAGUUUAUAGGUAAAAUAAUCGAGGAGAACUUCGAGAAUCCUAAACGGGGAGUGCAGAAGCUGAGGGAGCGGAUCAACGCGAUGGCACAGAUGGGAAAGCUGGACUUGCUGGACAAUAGAACCAACCAGGAGAUCGCGAGGCUCGCUCUGAAUCUGCAUCUCGUGUUCAAGGAGCCACAGGACCUUUGUGAUCCCGGAAGUGUGCUGAAAAGACAUAGUUGCGUGAAAUGUCCCGCGGGCACUUUCUACAAUUCAUCUACCAGGACCUGUCAGCCAUGCCCUUACGGCCAGUACCAGAAUGAGACCGCUUCGUUGACGUGCGUGCCUUGUCCAGAGUAUACCUUCACGAAGAGGAUGCACGCAAAAUCCUUGAAUGAUUGCAUUCCCGUAUGCCGUCCAGGAUAUUACUCUCGGCGCAAACGCUACCACGGAUUGCGUGUGGGCAUGGAACCUUGUUUCAUGUGCGACAUCGGGUUCUAUCAGCCAAAUUACGGACAGAGUCAGUGCUUGCCGUGUCAAUCGAGCGCGACGACGGAAAGACGCGGCUCCACGGACGUCAAUGACUGCCUGCCGAUCCGCGACGAGGAAAUCGACGACUGUCGAACGGAUCCGUGUGUAAAUGGUGGCCAAUGUCUACGAGAUGAAAGCGGCUACGUUUGCGAGUGUCGCGAAUAUUAUGUGGGAUCGAGAUGUGAGGGCUUUAAAGAUCCGUGCGGCUCCUCGCCGUGCUUGAACGAGGGAGUGUGCGAGACGCAGCAGCAUCCCGAUAACUCCGUAACAUAUGAGUGCGCGUGUAAAAGCAGUUACACAGGCGCUAAUUGCGAGAUCUACGUGGACGAGUGUGCCACCAAUCCUUGCCAGAACGGUGGAAGAUGCGUGAGCACCGAAAGUGAUUUCGCUUGCGAGUGCAGGGAUGGAUUCGAAGGUCAAUUCUGCGAGGUUCCGAUGGAUCAUUGCGAGUUCACGCCCUGCGAGGAGGGAUCCGCGUGCCGUACCGUGAACGGUACUUGGCAGUGCCUCUGCAAAUCCGGUUUCCUGGGUCGACACUGCAACCUGCUACCCUGCGACUGGCUGCCGUGCCACGCGAACGCGAUUUGCGUCAAUCUCCAGGAGGAGAACGCGACGCGGAGAAGUUACAGGUGCGAUUGCCCCGACGGAUACACGGGGGAGGACUGCGCGACCAAGAUCGACCGCUGCGAGAGCUCGCCUUGUCUGAACAACGGACGCUGCAUCAGCCACGUGCACGAUUAUGUCUGCGAAUGCCCGGUUCCCUUCACGGGACACGACUGCGAAACCGAACUGUCGUCCGACUACGUGAUGCACUUCACUAAGUCCGGCACGACAGAUUACGUGGCCGUCAAAGGACCCGCGAGGGAUCUCCUUCAGCUGUCCGUUUGCCUGUGGUUGCAAUCGAUGGACACUUUUAAUUACGGUACCGUAUUGUCGUACGCCACGACGUUUCACGACAACGCCUUCACGCUGACAGACUAUAACGGAUUGGUCUUGUACGUUAACGGGGAGAAGGUCGUCACCGACGUCAAGAUCAACGAUGGUAACUGGCACUUCCUGUGCGUCACUUGGGAGAGCGAGCGCGGUUCCUGGCGCGUGUCCGUCGAUGGAAUCCUCAAAGACAGCGGCGUUGGUCUGGCCCAGGGAACCGUCGUGCGAGCCAACGGAUCCUUCGUCAUCGGACAGGAACAGGAUCGCAUGGGCGGCGGUUUCUCCGAAUCGGAGGCAUUUCUAGGUAUGCUCGGCUUGCUGGACAUGUGGGAUGUUUUUCUGGACGACAGUGACGUGACGAAACUGUGGAACACUUGCGAGAAGUAUCACGGAAACCUCAUGGCCUGGGCGCAGAUGCAGCAGUACAUUCAGGGUGACGUUGCUAUCUUAGCCAGCCCAUUUUGUCGCGAUUGCCCUUUGCCCGUGGUGCCCUUCAAAGGCAACAUUAAAGUGAGCGAGGAUCUGUCCGAGGUAACGUACUACUGCGACAACGGAUACAUGAUUCGGUUCGGUGGUGAGGAACAUCGAUCCCUCGGGAGGAAGUGCCUCAAGCACGGCCAAUGGGAGGGAUACGAUACGCCGAUCUGCACGAAAAUAAAAUGCGGCUUCCCGGGGUACUUUCCACGUGGACGUAUUCACGGAGACUCGUAUUCGUUCGAGGACGAGAUACACUAUUCCUGCGCCGAGGGCUACGAGCUUCGCGGAAACCCCCAUCGCAUCUGUAAUUCCGACGGCAGAUGGAUCGGGCUGCCUCCGCUCUGCAUAGGGACGACGUGUAAGAAUCUGCUUGCCCCGGAAAAUGGAGACAUAGAAUACAUAUUAGAGGAGAACGAGAGAGACGAUGUCACGAUAAUACAGGCUGGACAGCAGCUGGAGUUCAAGUGCAAUCCCGGGUACCGUUUAACAGGAGAGAGGUACUUGACCUGUCUGGAGACUGGCGUCUGGGAUCACAAGAGGCCGUCUUGCACGCCCUACGGAUGCCCUCCGCCAAGACAAAUAGAGCACGGCUACAUCGUCCCUCCGAAUUCCGACCGGAUCCCCGCUCGUGAUCCCGAGGGAAACAUGAUCGACAACCCCUCCGAAAGAACGUAUCGCUACGGCGACAUCGUAGGAUUUUUCUGCCAUCGUGGCUACAAGUUUCGCGGAAAUCACAAUCUGCUGACGGAAUUCAAGCUACAGUGUUCUGUAAACGGCACCUGGACGGGCUUCGUCCCUGAUUGCAUCUCGCGGACGUGUUCCCGGCCGAAUCGCGUGGCAAAUUCGAGAAUCUUCCUCAGGAAAGAAGACAACAUUACGGUCGAAAUUCCGAUAGAAGGAGAUGAUGCCACGUUGGAGCCUGAUCGAAGAGAGACGAGGAGAAACGAGAGCGACGCGGCGAACGGGAUCUCCCUGGAAACGUUCGUCUCCGGCGUGGAAAUCAUCGUCGUCUGCGAUCUGGGAUACGAACUAAUCGGAGACCGGGUCAGAACGUGUAUCGAGGAAGAGAGAUGGUCCUCGACUUUUGCUUCCUGCGAACCGCGUAAUUGUUCUGUCGCGGAUCAUCCGAUUUUUAAAUUUUUCAAGAGAUUAGAGAACGAAACCGCCUUGGAGAACAGCUACGCAGAUGCGACAUUGCUCGAGAAAUGGUACAGCGAGGAAAACGUUACGCGCGCAUACAAAGACUUCGAGAUCCUCGUCGAGGGAAGCAGUUACGGGCGACGAAUAGUCUUGACAUGUCGAAAUGGCGUGCAGAUGAAUCUGCACAGAUUGAUCGCCAACGAGACGAUCUCGAAUAUAACAUGGGUGUGCAACGAGAUUGAAGAAUGGGAAGUUUCGAAUUUAUCGCUGAAACAGUCUAUACUCGAACAGCUGCUGAAUAAUUCAACAGAUAUUUGCGAUAGAUCAUGCACGCUUCCGCAAAUUCCAGAGUUUGGAUAUAUUGAUGACAGCAACAACACCGAUGACGUGAACGAUCGCAGAGCGCUCGACAGUGUUGUGGUUUUCAAAUGCCGUCAUGGAUAUAUUCUCGAGGGUGAUGAACGAUCUGUUUGUUUAUCGAACGCCAGAUGGUCCGCUUUACCUUCCUGCAAACCUGUGGCAUGCGGAAACCCGCCGGUUCUCGCUAACGCGGUACUGAAGAACGACGUCAGCGGAACUCGGAAUUACACUUUCGGCAAUAUGAUCUCUUAUCAAUGCGUUCCGGGUUAUCAUGUAUUCGGACAAGCGAGCCUGAGAUGUUUAGGAAGCGGAAAGUGGUCCAGAUUGAACGGCAGAUGUUCGAAAAUAUCGUGUGGCAAACCACAGGUCCAGCAGGGAAUCGCGCUCUACGGCCGUUCCUACUUGUUUCAAGAUCAAUUGACAUACGUGUGUCCUGACGGUAAAAAGCGGGGACUGAUUACGUGUCAAGCCGAUGGGAAGUGGAGCGAGUUGCCGAAAUGUGACGGAAGUAGGAGCAUGUAAUUCAGGGUGGCCACGAGGGA